CCGGUGUACCUGACUGAUUCGGCAUGGAGCGUUCGUGUCGCCGCACGCGGGCUUGCGUAUGCUCUUGGGUUCAGCUACGAGGCAAUGAAUGAGAAGGGUAUAGUGAGGUCAGAGUCGACCGGGCGUGGAAUACAGCGCAAGAUGGUGACGGGGCAUAAUGUUAAAGUGAGGGCGGCAGCGCACUUCAACUGCAGCUCUCUGAAUGGCAUGGAGCUGGAGAACGACGAUGCCGGCGCGCAACGGAAGAUGCCUCACUGGGAGGAACGCAGUGCCCGUGACGAACUGAUGGCUCUCACAGUUGGCGCCGGCUACUACACAGCGCUGACGAUGGCGGUGUUUGCGGACCUGGGCUACUACCAUGUAAACUGGAGCAUGGCGGAACCGAUGGCGUGGGGCAACAACACCGGCUGCGACUUCCUGACGAAGAGGUGCAAGGACACACACGACCUCGCCAAGAAGUAUCCUCACAUGUUCUGCGAUGAGAAAGACAACACGACGCUUCGCUGCUCUUCUGAUCGUCGUCGCGUAGGGACGUGCACCGCAUACGUCGUUGAUUGCGCAGGGGAUGUGAACGAUAAUGACGUGUGCCACGUCAUUUCGACAAAACUUUACGACGAGUCGUCUCAGAAACUAUCCAAUGCAUGUGUGGAGGCAAGUGAGCAGACGCUUCCAGGAUCGCUGAUUGGGAGUGGCUCGUGGUGCCUGGACGCGGAGGCGCUGCAGGUGAAGAAGGAGGGCAGCGGUAAGAAAAUCGAGGGCGUGUGCGCAGAGGUGAAGUGUGAGGGUGGCGCAGUGAAGGUGAAGUACCUCGGCAGGAGUGAUUUUGAGUCGUGUCCCGAGGGAAAGGAAAUCACGGUGACGGACUCGGAUGAUUUCAGAGCGGGAGGGAAGCUCAAGUGCCCGAAGUACACCGAAGUGUGCACCAUCGCCGCCGACGGCAGCAGCCUCGUCAUU